AUGUGUGCAAAAAUAAAUGGAUUUUUAAAUGAAUGUGAUUUAGAACCUUUUGAUAGAAAAAUAGAUGAAUACCUUAAAAGCCUUGAAAAGAUUAAUAACGAGAAAGGAAUGAGACAAAAAAAAGCAAGCCAACUUCUUGAUAGGCUCUUUGCUAAGCUACAAACCAGUGUUAGAGCACAAAUAACCUCUUUGAAUCCUAGACCAGAUUAUAAAAUCGCAAAGUCAUGGGAAAAUGAGCAUACACGUAAACAAGUUCACCUACACCAGCCAAUAAACGGAACUGUAAAUGGAACAAUUAACACAGUUAACGGAACAAUGAGUGGGGGGAAAGUUGGAAUCAUUAAUGAACAAGAAAAUCCACUUCUCAGAAGAACAUUGAGAGAAAUAAACAGAAUAAAUUAUGCUGAAAAUUCAAACAAAGUAAACAGAGUGAAUAAUAUCAGCAAGCGGACUCAUAGGGAAAUAUCAGAUGAAGAUUCUGAGUUUUGCAAUGAAGAAGAAGAGAUCAAUGAAGAUGACGACGAAGAUAACUACGAGGAUGACGAUGAAUAUGAUGACAAAAAUGGUGACGAGGAUGAAAAGACCAGAAAGAGAAAGAAAUUAGAGAAAAAAUUGAUUGAAGGUUUUAAGUUGAGGUUUGAAACGAUAAGUAUGGAUGACAAAUGGAAGCUUCCUUCAGGCAGAUUUGUAGAAGAUGUCUUGUAUAAUUGGGCAGUGACUCAACGUUCCGAAACACUUGCGCAUUCUUUUAUACUUGAUACAGACUGUCAAGAGGUUAUGGAUCUUUUUAGUUUAGAAGAAAAAGAAAUAAUUAUGAAUACCGAUAAAAAAUCUUUUUCAGAUGUUGAAGAUGGUGUUAAAAAAUACAUCAUGAAAUAUUAUAAGAAAAAUGUUGGAGAUCUUCAAAAAGUUCUCAUGACACCAUAUUUGAAAGAUGGGGAGACAUAUAAUCCAGAGCUGCACUAUGAUAUGGAAUGGAUUCGUUUAGUAUUUAAUAAAUUUGUUAUUGAAUGGGAACAAGGUGUUAAUGCACUAGCUGAAGAUAAUUUAGAGGCAUGGCUUGUGAGUCAUGUUUGGACCUUUGUUAUUGAUAUGGCAUUAAAAGAUAUUGAAGAAACAAGAAUUGGAAAGUCAGAUGGUAGUUCGUCUGCAUCAAAAAUUCGAAAAAAUAAGAAAAGAAAAAUCGGAGAAUCUGUCAUUCGUGGUAGAAAAAUUGAUCUAUUGCUAAAACUCCGUAAUAGUUCAAAGGAAAUAUUAGCUGGAGAAGCAGCAAGAACAGGAGAUAUUCAUGAUAAAAAGUACUUAGAGGACAGAAUGAAGCUAUUAAAACUUACAAAAGAUAUGCUCGAUUUAAUUAUUGAGUCACUUCCACCAACAACAAUUGAAAAUUACAGGAGUCUGUGUACGUUCGGGAUACAACUUUUCAGUAAGUGA